CAUAUCUCUGAUUCACUGUACAUCAUAUUAUAAAGUAAAAUGAUAUAUUAUAUUGCUACUGUGUACACAAAAUAAUAUGCCCAUAUAUCUAUGUAUUGUAAAAUACUCAAUGUUCCAUUUAAUUAGGUGUAAUGUCCAAAAAGAGCCCAAAGGUGAAAGCAAAGUCCUCUCAAGGAAGGAGUCAACAAGUUCGAGCGAGGCAAAAGAAUAAAGACUGGACUAAAUGGGAUGAUAUUUACGUUGAAAUACUGAUACGGCGAGAAGAGAAAGAUCUCGAGGCGCAGUCGGAGCAACUCCAAGAGAAGUGGGAAAGUUUGAAAGAGCGUGAAUAUGAGUUACUCCACGAAAUAAGUGAAGUUGAAGAGGUGUUUUUAAGCAGGGAGCCGUUUCUUGCGGAUGAAAUUGUUGAUAAAGCCUCAACCAAAGCGGAUAAUGAGGCAAAAGUGGCGCUUCAAAAGGAGGCUCAGAUUAAGACUCUGAUGACAGAAUGUAUGGAGCUGAGGGAAUUCAAACAGGAGCGCCUGAAUGUGAUGCAGCAACAUACGAUAUAUCAACAGUUCAUGGAAAAACUGGUCAACAUGACAUCAUUUGAAGAUGAGGAUACUUUAACAGAUCACAUUGAGAGUCUUUACAGUAUUGAAGACCAGCUGUCUCAGAGAGAAGGUGAAGCUUAUGAGCAGACUAACCAGCAGAGGAAAACACAAAUGGCUUUGCAAAAACAGUACGAGAUGGAAAGACAGGAGCUGGAUAUGGAGCUUACCCAGCUAAUGCCAGAAUUGUUCGAAUCCAAAAUCAAGGUGGAAUUUUGGUUCAAAGAGUGGAAACGCAUUGAGGAAACUGCAUCAAAGAAACUGAACCUGCUGGCACAGAUUAAAAUGUCCAUACUCAGCCUCUAUGAGAUGAUCGGUGGAAAGUUAGGCGAUAAGCAGGGUGUGGCUUUGAAUGAGACGGAGAAACAGUUGGAAAAUAUCCACUCUUUUAUGUUAGACCAUUUUGAGAUUUUGAAAGAGUAUGAAGCAAAUGCAACCGGUUCAGGGUGUCCCCCGCCCAAAUCCGGAUGAUCGCUGGGAUAAACUCCAGCACGGCCGCGACCCCCGUGGGGACAGGCGGUAUAAAAAAAUGGAUGGAUGA